AUGACUACUUUUUUGUUCUCAAAUUUUUAUAAAAAAUUAUUUCAAACGAAAAAUUUAGAUAAUAAUAAUUUAACGGAAACGAAAUUGGCAAGAGUUUUGACGUCACUGGAUUUAACACUUUUGGGAGUUGGUUCGACUUUGGGUGUCGGAAUAUACGUUUUAACCGGUGAAGUUGCCAAAGAAAGUGCAGGACCAGCUGUUAUAAUAUCAUUUUUGAUAGCUGCCAUUGCAUCUGCAUUUGCUGGAUUUUGCUACGGUGAAUUCGGUGCAAGAAAUCCAAAAUCGGGUUCUGCAUAUGCAUAUUGUUAUUGUACGGUUGGUGAAUUUAUUGCAUUUUUAAUCGGUUGGAAUCUUAUAUUGGAAUAUGUCAUAGGAACGGCAAGUGUUACAAAAGCAUUGAGCACAUAUUUGGAUGAACUUUUGGGAAAUGUAAUAUCAGAUUUUUUUAAAACGCAUUUUCCAAUGAAUUCUGAUUUUUUAGGAGAUUAUCCAGAUUUUUUAGCUUUUGGAAUUGUUGUUUUAUUAUCAAUUUGUUUGGCAUUCGGAUUAAAAAGUUCAACAAUUAUUAAUAACAUUUUGACAAUAUUAAAUUUAUGCGUUGUUGCAUUUGUUAUCGUAUCGGGUGCCAUUAAUGCAAAUGUUGAAAAUUGGUUUUUACCUAAAGAUAAAGUACCACCAGGUGCUGGUGAAGGUGGUUUUGCUCCUUUUGGUUUUACAGGGAUUUUAAAAGGUGCCGCAACGUGUUUUUACGGUUUCAUCGGAUUUGAUUGUAUUGCAACAACAGGUGAAGAAGCUAAAACACCAAGAAGAUCAAUUCCAAUUGCGAUUGUUUCAUCUCUUUUUAUUGUUUUUUUAACUUAUUUUGGUGUUUCGACCGUAUUGACUCUUAUGUGGCCUUAUUAUGAUCAAAACGUAAAUGCUCCUUUAUCGUCAAUUUUUGAUGCCAUCGGAUGGAUUGCAGCAAAAUGGAUUGUCAGUAUAGGAGCUUUAUUUGGAUUACUUCCGAGUCUUUUGGGUAGUUUACUUCCUCUGCCAAGAAUAAUAUAUGCCAUGUCAAGCGAUGGUUUAAUGUAUGAAAUAUUAGGAAGAGUUAAUGAAAAAUAUAAAAGUCCAAUGAUAGGAACCAUAUUUUCUGGAUUUUUAACCGGUAUUAUGGCGAUGAUUUUCAAUUUGUCACAAUUAAUUGACAUGAUGUCGAUUGGUACACUUUUGGCAUACACCAUAGUUGCUGCUUGUGUUAUAUUAUUAAGGUAUCGUGGAAACGAAGAAGAAAAAAUAAAUAGUUUAAACGAUUCGAAAAAUAAUAAUAAUAAAAAUAUAUCGAUGACGUCAAAAAUGUUUAAACAUUUUUUUCAAUUUCGUAAAUUUACAACGCCGACAAGUUUUUCCUCAUCAUUAGUUUCAUUUUGUGUUUUUUUAUUUUGUUUUAUCAUACUCGGAGCUUUGUCCUUCAUAGUUUUUUUACCUGAUGAAAUGGGGAAUGCAACUCCUUGGGCAAUAACAAUUUUUACAAUUUUGACAACAGGAGCUGUUGUGUUACUUGUAAUAAUUUCACUACAACCUAAAUCGAAGCAAAAACUUUAUUUUCAGGUACCACUGAUUCCAUUGAUACCAGCCAUCAGCAUCACAUUUAAUUUAUAUCUCAUGUUGAUGCUUGAUCCAGUCACGUGGAUACGAUUUGGAAUAUGGAUCCUUUUAGGAAUUAUUAUUUAUUUUACUUAUGGAAUACAAAAUAGCAUUCUUACCAAGUCAAAAGAAGUUGGCGUGGAAAAAAAAGAUAAAACGGAAACACACAUUGAUAAAAUAUUUAAUCAGUAA